AUGCCUUCCCACAAUUCGCAAGCAAAGACCAAGCAGCAGCAGCGAGCUGGUACCCAAGGCGCAAAAUCCGCUCCCCCAGUCAUGCAGUCGGUCCCCCGCAACACGACUUCAACCGCCAAGAUUUCGAGGGCUAGUGACGCAGCGUCGCAGCAGCUGCAGAACGUCUCGCGAGGCCAAGGAAAUGAUGACCGAUCCGAGCCACCGCGACCCAGGGCCGCCAGCCUGGCCACAGCGUCAAUAUCUCCAUCGGAGUCUAUCAGCGUCCGGGGCAUUUCAAAUAGCUCCAGCGGGCAGAGCAGACCCGGAAAUUGGUACAACACCCAGGGGUUUCAGAACGGACCCACUGGCUCCUCCGAGCGGGCCUUUGGGGCGGCGAACCGGGUGACAGCGCCUUCCCCAGUUACGACACCGUUUGAGACCGAGAAUCGACGUUCAACGCCAUCUAGACCAGGUCCACAAAGCAGCACCAGCAGAAAGUCAACCACUUCAAAUGUAACUCCAUCAGUGACAACUGGGCAACACCCAUCAUCUUCCUCUGGAUCAAAUCCGAGAAGCAUCGAGCCACUGUCAUCUCUUCUGACACCACCUCUGAGUACCAAUGAAUACCCAUCCUCAUUGUCUCAGCCAAACCCGCAGAGAAUAGUCCGGGGAAGCACGAUGCCGUCCACAGCGAAUGUGUCUAGCCAGCGAUCCUCUGGCGCACCACGAAGCUUCAAUCAAAAGACAGCUUCUGAAGCAAUGGGAGGGAGUUGGUCGGGCUCGAUAGGGCAAGACUAUGCCACGCAACAGCCAGCUGGUGGACAGCUUCCUGUGAGCAUUGGCAUCCCAUCAGCCAACCAAGUCCAUUUCCAUUUCAACCAAGUGGAUAACCGAAAGAUGACGGUCAACAAUAACGCUCCACAGAACGUGGUCACGAACAACAACCAGGUCUACAAUGUAGACAAGAGCAACCAUCACAAUACGCAAGCCCCACAGACCAACACUUACAACAGCCAUGUCCACAACGCAGGAAACACUCAUGCAAACACCACUCAGCAAGCUACAGCAGUACGGCAGUCCUUGUCCUCAAAUACGAACGGGCAACAACGAGAAGUCCGGCAGCCGAGUGAGUCCUUGCCGCUCCGUGACAGGCUGUAUACCUGCACGAAGAAGGUGACGGUAAAUGAGUGGAGCGAUAAGAGGUCUGUCAAACACAAGCAUGAACCCAACGACCGUCCCUGUUAG